UCUCGCAAUGUUUGCUCUUCAGUCUGUAGAGCAAAAUGAGUGAAUAGUAAUAGUGUUUUGGUUUAAGUAUCGUAUCGACACAUACUUUAGAAUUUCAAGAUGCGUCUUUUGUGGUUUAUUUCGAUCAUAUCACUUAUAUUAGACCUAUCUUUUGGGUUGACUUGGCUUGAAAGGUACCAUUACCCAGGCUUUUACACUACGGAGCCACCAGCGACUGUGAAUAAGACUGAUGCAAGAGUACCGCUAAAGAUUUACACACCAGAUUUCCGAGUUGAAGAACCCAUGUUCGUGCCAUUCGGAGGUUUUUCGUUGAAACUAUCCACUUCUAUAGAACGUGAGAGACCUUACCGACUUUCACCACAUUAUAAGCAAGUUCAACACUGGAAGGGAUCGGACAACGCAAAUUACUUGGGCUGUUACUGUUGUACUACAUAUAGAAGACACAUCGUGCUCGCUGGUUGUGCAGUAGUGACCACACGACAUGUCCUCACGACGGCAAACCCCACCGUACUAAUAUUAAGAUCUUAUGGCCACUUGAAAACGUUGGAACAUAUUCUGGGUGGAUGGUACGAUACCAACAGCAAUACAUUCAACAGCUCUUUGUACUUCGCACCGUCAAGGAUACACAUUCAUCCAAUGUAUAAAUAUGACUAUGAAGUAAAUGUGUCGCAUCCAAUUCCGGUGAUGUACGACCUUUCCCUGUGGGCUGCCACUCAUCCCUUCUAUGGAUCUACGUUUUCGUAUUCGCGUGCAGUCAUAUGUGCUAGGGCGGCUUCAGGGUGGUAUGAAUAUGCUUCAACGAUUCCUCGAAGACUUGAUAUGUCUGUCGUUGUUGGAUUUCAAUUUAUGAAGUCAUACCAUCGUCGACCUAUGCCUUGGUUUAAAUACGGUGUUCGCACGAAAUCACACGUAUGGCCUUGUCCAAAGAGCGAAUGGCACUGGUAUCAUUGCAUAAUGGGAGAAUAUUGGGGCAAAUUUGGCUUUGAUUCUGGUGGCGCCAUGCACAUGAUGUUGGAGGGACGUUCAUACCGCCAUGAUGGGCUGGCCGGCCUGUGUUCUUUCUCUUUAAAACUUAGAUCAUUACAAACAACUCAUUAUUUUACAGUGCUUGAUACAUAUCCAGUUCUGGACUUCAUGUAUGACGCAUACAAAGGUUUAAGUAAAUACGCGUGGCUGGACAAUAGGUUCGAAGAUACGAAAUACGCGGCACCAAUAGCUUGGCGGGGCGAACACAUUCCCGUCUAUUAUAAUCAAGGGUGGGAAGCCUAUCACGUAUAUGGGGGGUACAUUUACGGAAGUUAUUUACCAAAUUAUCGAAGGUGAAUGCUCGGGUGAUGGUGAUAAUUAUAAUGUUAUACCCAUCAUUUAGUUUUAAUCGUGAUUAUUUGGAAGUUUGUGUUAGAAGUUAAAGUGGAUAAAUAAACCUUGUGUAU